CCGCUCGUUAAUUCAAAAUAUUAAUACAUCAAAUAACAAUUUUUUGUGGAUGUAGUGAGUGCAUAGUGAUAAUUACAUUUGAUAUGUGAGUUUGAGAAGGAACAAUUUAAUAGCACGGGGACGCCAACAUUAAAACAGGAAAAUGUGGCUCUUAUUUGUGGUAUUAUUCUUCGCAAGUGGCUUUGCUCAAUCUCCGCAAGAUAAUCCUGACCCCACCAGGUCUACUUGGAGCCGAUUUGAUGAGAGGGAACAAACAGGUGGUUUUGGAUUUCGAAAUGCAGGUCAUUCUGGUGAUAACAUCAUCAUCAAAGAAGCGACGUACUUUGUCGUCGCGUCAAGGAUGGUUCGACCAGGUCAGGUAUACCGUGUAGCUGUGAACGUUCUUCAUAGUUCUUUGCCUAUGAUGGUUCGGACUUCUAUACAGAGGAAUGGCGUAGAGAUAUCAGCUGAUCACCAAGAAGUUAAGGAAGGUAUACCGGAGGCUUUAAUGAUGAGGAUGCCACCCACAUCGGUCACUGGGGAUUAUAAACUUCGAGUAGAAGGAAUGUACAAUAGUCUAACGGGUGGCCAAGCAUUCCUUAACGAGACACAGCUUACAUUCUCGCAAAGAUCUAUGACCAUUUUCAUCCAGUUGGAUAAGCCUGUAUAUAUGCAAGGGCAGAAAGUAAGAUUCCGUACAAUACCUAUUAAUACAGAAUUGAAAGCAUUUGACAAUCCGGUAGACGUUUAUAUGCUGGAUCCUCAUCGUCGUAUCAUGAGAAGAUGGCUUAGUAGACAGAGUAAUUUAGGAACAGUAUCAUUAUCCUAUCAAUUAUCGGAUCAACCUGUUUUUGGUGAAUGGGUCAUCCAGAUCAUCGCUCAAGGUCAAAUCGAAGAAAAGACCUUCCUUGUAGAAGAAUAUUAUCAAACGCGUUUUGAGGUGAAUGUUACAAUGCCUGCUUUCUUUUUUGAAACUGAUCAAUAUAUUCAUGGUAUUGUUAUGGCAAAUUACACUUCUGGUGCACCAGUCAGAGGGAAUCUCACGCUUAAAGCCAGUUUUCGGCCAAUUAAUAAAGCACACACCACAUCCGUACAGAAUGAAAUAUUUGACAGAUAUUUUAAUUUUGAUGAACAGUAUCCAUCAUGGUUUAAGAGACCUAAUUUAUACGAAGAUACCAUACCUGUACUGAGGUUCUUCAAUGGAACAUAUAAAUUCAAGUAUUCUAUGACAGAGUUGAUGCAAUUUGUACCUUCCUUAGAUGGAAUGGAAAUGACCGUAACGGCUACUGUUGGUGAACGAUUCUUAGAUGAAAUUAUUGUUGGAUAUUCCACCGCGAGGAUCUUUAAUUCUACUAUAAAGAUUCGCUUCUUUGGAGAAUCACCACAAGUUUUCAAACCUGCCAUGCCGUUCGAAUUGCAUUUAGUUGCCUCAUUCCAUGAUGAUUCACCUUUAAGAUCAUUGCAAUUAGAAACAGCACGGAUGGAAGUACGUGCUGAUAUAGAAAGUCAUACUAAUGGUAGAAGAACCAUUGAAAAUCAAUUUGUAAUCUCCUCAUCCGAUAACAACGCAGUAUGGUCCAUGAAGUUUGAUUUGAGAAAACAAUUACAUUUGGACGAGGGUGGCCAACAUGCACAGCAGAUUUUGAAUGAUAUCAGCUCUAUGAGAAUCUACGCUUAUUUACUGGAUGGGGAAGGUAAUAGGGCACAGACAGAAUUAUUACUUCUUGCUCAUGAAUCUCCAAGUCAGAAACAUAUCAAAGUUUCUACCUCGACUGAAAAGCCCAAAGUUGGCGAAUAUAUUAUUUUACAUGUACAAACAAAUUUCUAUAUCGAUACUUUCAAUUAUAUCAUUAUGUCAAAAGGCACAAUACUUUUGACUGGACAGGAUAGUAUGCAACACAAUAUACGAACUCUGGCUAUUCCACUCAGUCCGGAAAUGGCACCAGUUGCUACGGCAGUUGUAUAUUACGUUGGUAGAUAUGGAGAAGUUAUAGCCGAUACGUUAACAUUCUCCGUUAACGGAAUUUCUCGUAAUAACUUCACAGUUUUUAUUAAUAAUAAAAAGGCAAGAACUGGAGAAAAAGUUGAAGUUGCUAUUUAUGGAGAACCUGGUGCAUAUGUAGCUCUAUCUGGUAUAGACAGAGCAUUCUACACCAUGCAAGCUGGCAAUGAACUUACGUAUUCAAAUGUUAUUACAAAAAUGGCUUAUUUCGGUGAACAAACAAAUGGCACUCAUUUGCACAAUUGGCUGCACCAUGAUGGAGAUCCCGAUGAAGUCGUGUAUUUCCCAUCGUCAACUUUUGGUAUCGAUGCAAACCGCACGUUCGAAUUUGUAGGUUUAGUUGUCUUUACGGAUGCAAUAAUUUAUAGAAGACCUGAAAUUUGUAAUCGUACUCAAGGAUAUGGAGAGUGCCUAUCCGGAAGGUGCUACAGAUUAGAGAAACAAUGUGAUGGAGUUCCUGAUUGUGAAGAUGGCACUGAUGAAUCUCACUGCAUACAAGGCAAUGCUACUGAUUUAUUAUACUUUCGGAAGUGGCGCUUUAACAGAAUUCAAAGACAGUAUGAUAACGUUUGGCUGUGGAAGGAUAUUAAUAUUGGACCCCACGGAAGACAGAUAUUUAAUAUAGAAGUUCCACGUAGACCAGUUCAUUGGAUGAUUACUGCAUUUAGUAUGAGUCCGAGUGUAGGAUUUGGCAUGUUACCAAAAGCAUUGGAAUAUAUAGCAGUUUUACCAUUCUUCAUAAAUGUCGAGAUGCCAAAUCGCAGUAGGCAGGGUGAACAAAUUGGCAUUAGAGUAUCAGUGUUCAAUUACAUGAGAUACAAUAUAGAGGCGACUGUGGCCUUAGCGGGAUCAAAGGACUAUAAAUUUGUUCACGUAGAAGAUAACGGCAUUGUACAAUCUUACAGACCAAGAACGUCCUUUGGAGAACAUCAGUUUUUUAUAUGGAUUCCUGCUCAGGAUGCCUCUAUAGUAUAUUUACCUAUUGUGCCUGUGCGAUUAGGUGACAUCAAAGUGCAUGUUUAUGCAACGACAUUAAUAGGACGAGAUGAAGUCACAAGAACAGUUCAUGUAGAGGCUGAUGGUCUUCCACAGUACAGACAUGAGUCUAUUCUUCUGGAUUUGAGUAACAGAGCUAAUGUAUUUCAGUAUAUGCAUGUUAAUUUAACAGGAACUCCAAUCAUUCCUUAUGACGAAGAGCGUUAUUAUAUAUAUGGCUCCAAUAAAGCUACAAUUAGUGUCGUUGGUGACGUAGUUGGUCCUAUUUUCCCAACGAUGCCCGUCAAUGCAACAAGUUUAAUGGGUUUACCAAUGGAUUGUGCCGAACAGAAUAUGUUCAGCUUCGCCGCAAAUAUGUACACCACUUUAUAUAUGCGGUUGAUCAAUCAAAGAAAUAGAACGCAGGAAAAGGAAAGUUUUUAUCAUAUGAACAUUGGAUAUCAAAGACAGCUAUCAUUCAUGAAUCAUGAUGGAUCCUUCAGUCUCUUCCGAAGUGAUUGGAAUCAGUCCGAGUCUAGUGUAUGGCUGACAGCGUUCUGUGCUCGAAUCUUUCAAGAAGCCAGUUUCUACGAAUGGGAAAACUUUCUCUACAUUGAUCCAGAAGUGAUUGCCCAAUCAGUUUCUUGGGUAUUGAAACAUCAGACUGAAAACGGUUCAUUUUAUGAAAUCAGGUGGCUACCUGAUAGAAAGAUGAAUAGUUCUGUAAAUUAUGAGAAUGAUCUGAUUAGGCAUAGAAAUAUCAGUCUUACUGCUCAUGUUCUCAUUACUUUGGAAAGUGUAAGGGAUCUCUCUGGUGGUUUGGGAUCCAAAGUAGCUUUGGCAGCGGCUAAUGCAGUGAAGUAUCUAGAGCGAAAUUUAAAAUUGUUAGAUGAUCGUGGACGACCAUAUGAUAUUGCUAUUGUGGCAUAUGCUCUAUUAAUAGCUAAAGCUUCUACAGCUGAAACGGCUUUUAAAAUGCUGGCAAAGCAUGCCAGAAGAGAAGGUGGCCUGACAUAUUGGGGUAGAGAAGCUGUUCCUCUUCCACCUUACAAGUUAGAAAAUCAGAAACCUUUCCUCUUACCAAGGUUGCCUUAUAAAUAUGAUGCUGAAAAUAUUGAAACUACUGCCUAUGCUCUUCUCGUUCAUGUCGCCAGACAGGAAGUGAUGGUAGAAUCUAUUGUAAAAUGGCUAAAUGCACAAAGAUUAACAGAUGGUGGUUGGGCUUCUACUCAGGAUACUGCAUGGGCUAUGAAAGCCUUGAUUGAUUACACUGUUAGAUCAAGGAUUAGGGAUGUUAGCUCGUUAACAGUUACUGUUGAAGCUACUGCUUUACCUGGACAAACUAAAACUCUUUACGUCAACGAGAAGAAUAUUGCCAGACUUCAAACACUUGAGAUUCCAGAAGCUUGGGGUACUGUCAAGGUACAAGCUAAGGGUGCUGGUUAUGCAAUUCUACAAAUGUCUGUACAAUAUAAUGUGGACAACAAAAAAUUCCAGACUCAACCACCUGUUAAAUCAUUUGAUCUAGUAACUAAAGCAGAUUUCCAUGGUAGAAAUCAAUCUCAUAUUACCUAUACUAGUUGUCAGAGUUGGACCAACGUAAAUGAAUCAACACGUUCUGGACUGGCCGUACUGGACGUGACAAUUCCGACAGGCUAUAUAAUUCAACAGCAAAAUCUAGACAAGUAUGUUUUGUCAAAACAAGUGCGAAAUCUCCAGAGAGCACGUUUCCAAGAGCAAAAAGUUCUCUUUUACUUUGACUAUCUAGACCAGGAAGAGACUUGUGUCAAUUUCACAAUAGAAAGAUGGUUUCCCGUGGCUAACAUGUCUAGAUAUCUUGCUGUAAGAGUUUAUGAUUAUUAUUCACCUGAACGUUUCCACGAAUCCAUAUUCGACUCGUUAUCAACGUAUAUAUUGAAUAUUUGUGAAGUAUGCGGUAGCUCUCAGUGUCCUUAUUGUCAAAUCUACAAUGGAGCAACACUUUUCACUACUCCCACAAGAUUCUUGAUAAUAUUAUCCAUGACAAUGGGUAUCGUAAGAUUCCUUAAAACACAGGAGUUGAAUGUUGGUUAACACGUAACAGAUUAUAACUUCCAUAGGAGAAUCAAAGUAAACGCAUGGAUUUUUGCGUCAAUUCGGUAUGGUAUUUCUUACCGAUCUCAUUUUUAUGUUCUUUAAAUGAUUAUAUUAUUAUUAUUUCAUCAAUAUUACUACGAUUUUACGAUCAGUAUCUAGUUACUUCGAUUUACUUAGCAUUUAAGGGAUCAUCACAGUGUGACCGCCCGAAAAAUAGCCGAUUUUCGCGAUUUUUUUUUAGGUGGAUGGAACAAGGUAAUCGGUCUAAUUUUUUUUUUACAAAUUGAAGCAUCUACGAAGUAUACAAAAUGAUUUUAACAAAUUUCUUUAUGUAUUGUUUAACGUUGUUUUUAUUUGUGGAAAAUUGAAUGGAAAAAAAAUGGUGUCCCAUGGUGGCCAGGAUUGCGGGCGCAAAUUUUACCUGAAUCAAACAUUUCAAAUGGUUUAUAAACCUGUAGGAAAGCUGCUAUGCUCCUAUGGAGGCUUUUUUGUUGUUAGUAAAAUUUGAAAAAAUGGCGUCGGUUUGAACAAAACGUAUAAAAUUUAUCCUUUUUUUUCGACAGUUUUUCGUAAAACAAAAUAGGAAAAUUUCAAAAAAAAAAGCUUCCAUAGCAACAUAAGAAAUGACGUGAAGAAUGUUCUGUUAAAAUUUCAAAUGGAUAGCUUGAAAAUUCUUCCUUUGAGAGUGGCCACCGUUUUGAAAAACACCAUUCUGAGAAAAACGCGUUUAAAGUUCGGAAUGCGCCAGGUCUGACCCCUGGUCCAAUCCCUUCUUCUAAGAAAGGCUGUAACGACCGAAAUAAUUCGAAUUUCAAUUUAAAAAUUGGAUAGAAUGUUUAUAACCGUGUAUACUAUCAGAUAAUGAAAAAACAAAAAAAUCGAUUUUUAGAAAAUUGUUCACUGUGAUGAUCCUUUAAUGUCUAAUCGUUGGAUGGUUUCAUUGGAGUUAAAAGAGAAUUUAAAAAUGGUUAUAUAUGUAUAGAGUUAAAAUAGAAUAUAAAUAUAGUAAAACCUCACAAUGAUGUAAGGUUCUAAAUCAGCCAUUUCGCAAUAACGUAACUAUGUAACUCUUCACUUUGUCAAGUUUCAUUUACGCAGAAACUUCUCUAUUGAGGAAGUAUACGUGGAAAAUUCAAAACGAUAGAGAAUAAAAAAAGGAGUAGAGAUAGACUAUUACGUUACUGAAAAUUUUUACGUAGAACGAAACCUACGUCAUUAUGAGUUUUACGUUAUUGAGAUAUUUUAUUGUAUGUGUAUCUAUAUUUUUUAAAUGUAUGAACACACAAUAGAUACGUAUUGAACUGUACAUUAAGUCUCUUUUGACUCUAAUGCAUAUCCAUUAAAAUUUGGAUCUGACUAAUCUAUUUUAAGUGGGCAUUGUACUGCACUCUCAGAGGCAAAGGAUUUUAAGUAUAAAUGAUCAAGCUCACUAAAAGUGCCCAAAAAAAAGAUAUACAGAGAGCUGAUAUUAUCUAGUUGUAUAAUAUUAAAGGAAUAAGAUUAUAAACUUUGAGGCUUAUAGUCUAUAUCUAUUAUUAGUUACAAUUAUGGUAUUUUAUUAGCCAUAUACACUGAGCGCAAUCUGUACAUAGAGAUGAUCGUGAUUAUUGUUACAUUGUAGAAUUUUUUAACUCUGAGAAAGGACAUAUUAUAUAAUAUGAAAUAUUUACACCAUGUCAAAUUUUUGUACCUGGAAAACUUUGCCUCUGUGAGACUGAAAGACAGUAAUAUGCAUAUUAUAUAAAUAUUUACAAAAUUUUCCCGUUUAAAGCGUGAAAAGUUGAUCUAUUCUGGUAGAAAUAAUGCGACUCCAUCCAUAACUAGGCAGUUAAGUUAUUAUUGUAAGUUUAGUAAUGUACCGUUAACGCCAGGCGAAGGGUUGACUCCGUAUGAUAUAUAUUAUUGGCCUUAUUGGGCCUAUGAAUCAUUCGAGAGACACACCGAAGCAGGCUUAAGUUUUAGAAAGCCGUCCAUGCGAGAUAUCAUUAGCGAAACAAAGUAAUUUGUAUUUUUGAACCUUGUACUAUUAUUAAAUGAUAGAUAGUCGAGAAGUCUCUCGUAUUACCAUUGUAUUACGUGUAUCGAUCCUGUAAUUACAUAUUGUUUACAUCAAAAUAUAAAUAUAUUUAUCGAGAUUAUGUAGAACAGCCUUGGCAAAUCCACUAAGAUUAACAGACAUUUAGCUUUUUAUUUUACAUUGAAAAAUUAUAACUUCAUUUUUCAAUAAUGUAAUAUGUAUCUUUGAAAUAAUUAUUACCACGGGACUGCACUAACCUAUCGCGCAAAUAGUUCAAACAUUAUUUGUAACAUGUUCGAUGUUUUUGUUUUAUAACAUUUGUAUAAAUAAAUAAUUGAAUUAAUAUUGAAUUAAAUAAAUAUUGAAGUAAUAA